AUGUGCGGGCGUUUGAUAAAACCAGUGACCAGAAGAGCUCCUUUAACAGCACGCUCAUUACCAUCAUGUGAAAGAGAUUUAUAUAAGUUUAGAAAUCAACUUAACGCUAUCAGAAAACAGAAAGAUCCACCGACUUCUGAUGCAAUCUAUGAACUUAAAGUAGAAAAACAGAGAUUAAUUGAAGAGAGAGAUCUUCUGAAAGUUAAGAUAACAAGAUAUGCUGAAAAAUCUAAAACAAAGCCUGCGCCUGUCCGAAAUGCUCAAAUCAAGAAAUCACUUGAAAGACAGAUUAAAUCACUUGAAGACAUAGUUCAAGGAAAGAAAGAAGAGUUGCAUGCUAUUCUUACUUCAGAUAAAGCUGCUCAAAUUACAGAAUAUCAAGAAGAACUCAAAAUAUUGUAUUUAGAAGUCCAAAGACUUAAGAAUAGUAAGAAAGAAGCUGAAAUUGACCUCAAAGAUGCUGAUGAUAAAGUACAAGCAAUUAAUUCGCAAUUUUCUGACGAAGUUUUGCUAAAGAGAAGACGUGUCAUCAGAGCAUUGGAAAAAGAAAUACUCAAACACAAUAAUAGAAACGAACGUUUGCGAAAUGACCUCGAAAUUCUGAAUCAACAGCACCAGGAACGCGAAGAAUCAUCAGAAAAUAAUAAACUUAAGGAGCAGAUCCUCGAAUUACGCAAGCAAAUUAAACAAGAGAAAGAAGCAAUUGAAAAUCUUCAAAAAGGAAAUUAA